ACGUUGUGUGUACAUCUCGCAAAAGCAUCUAUAUUUUCUUUCAGUGAUUCUCCCUUGCCUGUGACUUCACGUGUAUGUUUUGUAAAGUUCCACGAGCCGGAGUCAGUCGGAGUUUCCCAGCAUCUGACCAACACGGUGUUCGUGGACCGAGCCCUGAUCGUCGUCCCCUUCGCCGAAGGAGUGAUUCCUGACGAAUCCAAGGCUCUGUCGCUGCUGGCUCCAGCCAAUGCCGUCGCAGGAUUGCUGCCAGGAGGCGGGCUCCUCCCGACGCCCAACCCCAUGCCAUCUAUUGGCGGCGUUCCUCUAGGUCUAGGAGGGCCGAACUUGGACCCCAUGGCAGCUCUGGCCAUGGCGGCACCCAAUAUAAACACUCAGUCUUUGUCAGCUGAGCAGCUUAUGAAGCUUAUGGCAUCCAUAGACCCCAAGCUGAACCAUCUCGCCGCGGGGCUGAGUCUGACCCCUGGACUGAAGGCAGACGGCUCGAAUAAAGAGAUCGAAGAAGCCAUGAAGAGAGUGAGAGAGGCCCAGUCUCUGAUCUCCGCAGCCAUCGAGCCCGGAAGUAAGAAGGAUGAUAAACGCAAGCGCUCCAGAUCCAGGUCCAGAUCCAGACGCAGGAGAUCCGGGUCCCGCUCCAGACACAGGCGUUCCAAGAGUCAUUCCAGACGGAGAUCUCGCUCCAGGAGCAGGAGGAGGUCCAAGAGCCCCAGGAGGAGGAGGUCUCAUUCCAGGGACCGCAGCAGACGCUCCAGAUCCAGAGACCGGAGGAAGGAAGACAAGAUCAGAAAACGUUCAAAAACUCCUCCCAAGAGCUACAGCAGCGCCAGACGCUCCCGCAGUACCAGCCGCAAACGACACAGGAGAAGCCGCAGCGCGUCUCGAUCACCGAAGAAGUCUCGAUCUCCCAAGAGGAAACUGUCCCGCUCGCCGUCUCCUCGCAGACACAAGAAAGAGAAAAAGAAGGAUAAAGACCGCGAGAGAGACCGUGACCGAGACAGGAAGGAUGAUUGGGACAGAAAUCGGGACAAAAGCGAACGUUCCUCCAGCAAGAAGAGCAAAGACAAGGACAAGGAGAGAGACAGAGACCGAGACCGAGACCGAGACAGAGACAGGAAGUCUGACAGCGAGAAGGGAGAUGUGAAGGUACCACUGGCUUGUGUUCACUAACCAGUCAACAACUGC